AAUAAAUAAAUAAAUAUGCUCUUUAUUAAUUUGAUGGUUAUUUGCAGAUGUAGGACAGUAGGAGGUUACGUGAGAUGAUUAUAGAAGGGUUUCGUCUUUUAACUAAUUGGUUUUCUCCACUCAUAAGCUUUUUCUGUCUCUGAAACCCUACAAAAUAUGUACGGAUAUUCUUCUCGUUAAAACAAGGCAUGCAUAUGAUUUGAUUCUCUUGGGGUUUACACACUCAACCUACUGCGACUACAUUGGUCCAAACGAUAUCUAGAUUGAACGAAAUGAUACGUAUAAUAACUAAUACUUAUUCUUCUCGUUAACUUAACCAUCUCCGAUCAUCACUGAUCAUGUGAGUGAGAGACACUAAAACAGGUGUGAUAUAUAUGGCGACGUGGAGGGAUGAAUCCACUUGCGUUUCUGGCUUCCUUAUGAGUGAGCUAUAUGAUUUAUUUUAUACCUCGCAGCCUUGUUAACUAGGCCUAUUGUUAACAUUGUCUAAGCUUUGCCUUGUAUUUAUUUCUUUUUGCCAAGACAAAUCUUAGGAUUAUAUUUUUUGUAAUAUUACAACCGUACCAUUUUAUAAUGGAUUUCACAUAUUUGGCAAAUAAAUAAAUAAUAAGAGGCAGAAAAGAACAAGAACAGUUUGGAUCAUAGAUAAGGAAGAACGCUAAACAUAUGGUAUAGUUGCUUCCUGUAAUCAAAAUCGAAAAGAAAAAUAUAAAUAGAGACUAGAGAGGCCUCGUGAUCGGAGAUUGAAAGUUCCUCUCUGAUGCCUGAACUCUGUGCCCCUUCCUCCCCCUUGUCACGUGGGCUCUUUUGACCAACCUUUGCCUUCUCCAGUGACCAGCCACACAUCACAUCAAAUCACAUCGCUCUUCUCUUUUUUUUUUUGGAUCAACAUCACUCUACGUUUUCCUUCUUAUUUUAAGUACAUUUUAGUAGUUUAUGACACAAAGUAAUCAAAUAUUUGCAGAACAGAUAAUUAUACAUUCAACGCUCCCAUAUAUAAUUAAGUAAACAUUGUUCAUUAAAACAAACUGUAUAUAGCUAUGGGAUUCUUUUUUUUUUUUGUCUCUGCACGAUUUUGUUUAAGUCGUCUUAAUAAGAUUUUGUUUGAGUAAUUUUAUUUGUUGAUUACUGAUUGUUGGUUAUUGUAGAUAGGUCUAAAUUAAUACACUACUUUAUGUUUGUCCCUAAAAUGGCAUGUCUCGACAUAUUAAUUUACUUCAAUUGUCUUGCUUAACUACUAUAAAUAGAGGACCCUUAUGGCCUUCUCCAUAUUCACCACAACACCUCCAAAUUAAACGUUUCUUUCCAACCCCCAAAAGAAGUCUCACUUGGGGUUUUUUCAUCGAAGAGAUGACGCAGGGGAGAUAUUGUGAGUCUUGCGGAUGGUUCCACGACCACACUCAAACAUGCUUAUUUGUCCACAAUGGAAACGGCUGUUCGAACAUACAAACCGCUGUUGUUGACUGCACUCUCUCUUUGGGACCUCCGUCCACUACAACUACAAGACUAUCUGAGAGAGACAAGAAGAAGAUGCGACGGUCCAGUACUUCAACUCGUGUCUCCAGUUUCAUUGACACCGAUACGAACACCUCCAAAACGUCGACGUAUAGCGUCCUUCCCUCUUCCAACCGCCGUAUUUCUGGUGGCGGCGAUACUCUACUUGAUCGUCGCUGUACCAAAUGUGAUACAACGUCUACGCCCCUAUGGAGGAAUGGUCCUCGAGGUCCCAAGUCGUUAUGCAAUGCGUGUGGAAUUCGUUUCAAGAAAGAAGAGAGGAGAACGAUGGAUACGACGAGGAUGACGGCUAGCAGCACAGUCGCGCAAGAUCAAUACGGACACCAUCCUUCCAGUUAUAGUAACCACAACAAUGCUACUGAUCAGAGCGGAUCGUCAACGUGCAAUUUCGUAGCCAGCGAGAUCAUGUUAAACCAUGACUACGGCGGUGCUGGAGAGUAUUACCGGCGGGAUCCCGUAGACGGAGUUAACGGCCUACAUUCCCACUCGUGGAGACUUAAUGUAGAGGAUACGGCAAUGAGUCUUGUCUAUGACUUUACUAGGUGAAAGGAAUCUAAAAAAAAAAAGAGAGUUUCCUUGUGUACUGAGAAGUUGGAGAGAGACAAUGUUGAUGUUAUGAUAUCGACGCUUUUAUCUUAAUUCGUAACAUUAUGUAUUUUUCACUCGUUCAAAUAUUUGUUUAAACUGUAGUAACAAAUAACAGUGUGAAAUCAUCAA